AAACAAGAACACACAGAAAAGUAUUAUUAUUAUUUUUUUACAUCUUGUUACAUUUUACUACAAAAGCGCGUUUUUCUAUUCAUCCAUAAUAGCUAAGCAAUCUCUCUUUCUUUCUUUUUCUUAUAGUAGCUCUUUUAAAAUAUAGCCCAAUUAAAACUUUCAUGUCAGUAUACAAUCAUCGUCCCAUGGUGCCAGCACCACAGAACCGUGUCGUCGAAAUGUUGGACACUAUUAGAGGUGAAUUUGACCAAUUAGCACAAGAAUUGUAUGUUUGUAAAACUCAAAGAGAUGACUUUGAACACAAAAUGAACCAACAGAUAUCAGAAAUGAAUAGUUUUCAACAAAGUUUGCUUGAACUGGAACGUACCCAGCAAAAUCAAAAGAAGCAUUAUGAAGAUGAAAUUGCCAGACUUCGUCAACAGAUUGAAUCUCGCGGUCAUCCAGGUAUGGCACCUCUUCAACCAGCUCAUCCUCAAGUACAAGCACCUCAUCCUCAGCAACAGCAACAACAACAGCAACAACAACAACAACAGCAGCAGCAGCAGCAACAACAGCCUCCUCCCAACAUUGGUCCUGGGUCAAAUUACUUUGGAGGUAUUAUGAAUGCGCAUGGUAAUCCUGGACUUGUCGCUCCUCCACAGAUGGCUGAACAAAUUCAACAGCAACAAUCACCCAAUGUACUUCCUCAACAAGCCCAACAUUAUCCUUCUUCUGCUCAGGCACCUCCUCCUCCUCCCCCUACUACCACUGUACCUGUUGUCGCACCAGGUUAUAUGAAUGGAUCACAGCCACCACAACCAUCAAAUUAUGGUCAAUCACCAAGUAGAGGUAUACCCACACCACCUACAUCUGCACAUCCUCAACAACAGCAACAGCAGCAACCACAGCAGUGGGGUAAUGGUUAUAAUGGUAAUUAUCCUCCAUCUACUUCUAGAACCAGUGGCGGUGGUAGUGCUACAGUGACCGCCACACCAUCAGCUAUUCAACAAGAUUCACCUAACAACAAACGUAAAUCAGGCUCAGCUUCGUCUUCCUCUGUACCCACACCACCCAUUAUGGUACAGAACAACCGAACGACGAUCAAUAAAGUACCUAUUCCUAGCCCAUCAGUCAGCAAUACCCCAGGUGGUUUGGCCGAUGUUGAUCCGGAAAGUGUACCUGCCAAUAUGAAAGUAGAAGGACAAGAUUGGUUUGCAUUAUUUAACCCCAAAACGAGUCGUCAAUUAAAGGUUGAUUUAGUACAUACCCUGGAUCAUGCAAGUGUUGUUUGUUGUGUUAAGUUUAGUGCGGAUGGAAGAUAUCUUGCUGCCGGAUGUAAUCGAGCUACAUUUAUUUACGACGUUGCUUCCUCUCAGAGAGUGGCUGUGCUUCAAGACGAUAAUAUCAAAAUUGAAGGUGAUCUAUAUAUUCGUUCUGUAUGUUUCAGUCCUGACGGCAACUACCUUGCUACUGGUGCUGAGGAUAUGCAAAUCAGAAUUUGGGAUAUUCAAAAGAAACGCAUUCGAAAUAUCCUAAUUGGACAUCAACAAGAUAUUUAUUCACUAGAUUUCAGUCGUGAUGGACGUAUGAUUGCUUCUGGUUCGGGUGAUUGUACAGCAAGGAUCUGGAGUAUGGCGGAUGGUAAAUGUCUUCAUGUACUUCGUAUUACAGAUCACGAUCAAAAGGAUCCUGGCGUCACAAGUGUUGCCUUUUCACCUGAUGGUCGUGUCAUUGCUGCUGCCAGUCUCGAUAAAAUGGUAAGAAUUUGGGAUACCCAAUCGGGCGUAUUGUUCGAAAGAUUAGAAGAUCACAAGGACAGUGUUUACUCUGUUGCAUUUAUGCCCGAUGGUAAAAUGUUGGUGAGUGGUAGUUUAGACAAGACCUUAAAGUUAUGGCAAUUGGGCACAGACGAAGGUCGUGGGAUGGGUAUGAAUAGAGAUAGAAGUAAAGGUCCUUGUAAGAUGACCUUUACUGGCCAUAAAGACUUUGUUCUUUCAGUUGGUUGUACCCCCGAUGGUCGUUGGGUUGUCUCUGGCUCAAAAGAUCGUGGUGUUCAAUUUUGGGAUCCUCGUACUGGUCAAACACAGUUCAUGUUACAAGGUCAUAAAAACUCGGUCAUCUCUGUUGCAAUUAGUCCAUCUGGUAGACCUCUUUUUGCUACUGGUUCUGGUGACAAUCGUGCAAGAAUCUGGAGUUACGAUCCUAUCAAUGCAUAAAUUAUCUUUCUAUUCAUCACACUUUUUAAAUAUUCACUGAAUACAUAUCCUCUCUUGUUUCCUCAAAUCAUUUUUUUUUUAUAUACAUCAAUUUUUUUUUAAUUGUCAUUAAAAAAAUGAAACUUUUGACUUAAAAUAGAUUACCG